AUGACUUUGUCAAUGCUAGAAGCUCAACGUUGUGCUUUAAGACAUUUCAAAAACGUCAGUGUUGGAAAUGAAGCUUUGCGUCCAUCAGAGUUGAUUUCAAGUCACAAUAUUCACAGAUUGGGAGAGUGUCAUUUACUGUGCAUUGAGAAAGAAAAUUGUUAUGGUUAUAACUACAGAGUGAGACCAAGCAGUGUUUAUUCUGUCAACUGUCAACUUAGCAACCGCACAAAGAAGUGGAACAAAACAACGACUAAAUAUGGACCAUGGGUUUACUACGAGGAUGUUAAGGUCACAGAAGUUUCAGCUACAAGUUGUCUCAACUUGUACCAGAACGGUAAGAGAUCUGAUGGAAUUUACACAAUCAAUCCGGACGGUAAGAGUUCUUUUCAAGUCUGGUGUGAUAUGACAACCAAUGGAGGAGGAUGGACGGUGUUUCAAAGAAGACAAGAUGCAAGUGUAGAUUUUUUUCGUGGUUGGUCAGAAUAUAAAACAGGAUUUGGUUCUUUAAACGGAAAUUUUUGGCUUGGUUUGGAAAACAUUUUUCGCAUGACAAAAACUGGAAACAAGAAUUUAAGAAUCGACCUGACAGACUUUGAUGACUCAACAGCUUUCGCUCUUUAUUCCACAUUUUCUUUGGCCUCUGAGUCUGAAGGUUAUAAAUUGAACAUCGGAGGGUUUUCCUCGGAGAGUAAUGCUGGCGAUUCUUUGACAUCUACGCAUAACGGAAUGAAGUUCUCUACAAAGGAUCGCGAUAAUGAUCGGGAUGGUGGUAGCUGUGCUGCGCAUUGGAAAGGUGCUUGGUGGUAUAACAGAUGUCAUAGUUCCCACCUCAACGGCAAAUAUCUCAACGCAGGUGACAGAUCUUGGAGUGGCAUCAACUGGGGCGAUAAGAGAUCUAUGAAAAAAACUGAGAUGAAAAUCCGCUGACCUCAAUUUUUGAACUGACAUGGUUGCAACAUUUACCUUGUACUGAAACUACUCACUAUAUAAUGUUCGUAAUUA